AUGGAACCAGCCCAGUACACGGAGGGCCUGUCGCCAUCAUACCAAAACGACACCAGACUUACAUCGCGCAACUCUCAACAACAACAAUCACGCCCUCGACCCAAGUCUCAACCUUCUAAACAGCGAAGGGGACCAGCGCGUCUACAUGGAUCAGAUCCAAAGAGGAUAUCUGUGUCGGACGGUUCUGACCGUGAGCGUGAGACUGGCGACGUCGAGGAGGUCGCCCGCAAACCGAGGCCUAGUACCUCAGGCUCAGUACAGUCAGGUUCAAGGCCUGCGAGGAGACGACCGGCAGCACCUAGGCCUGUGUCGGCGCCAUCGACAGCGAUACCUUCGGAAGAUGAGCACCUAGUCGACCCGGUACCACUUAGACCAGGCAUAUCCAACCGGCGGGCCGCGCCAAAGAGGACACCGCGCCUCGGCGAGAAUAGCGCGUCCGCGCUGGCAUCUGAUACCGAUACCACAAGCAGCUCAUCAUCAUCGUCGUCGGCUUUCCAGCCUUUCCGGCGACCUCCGGCAGCGCGCAGGCCGCGGACGGACAUGGGUCUUUCCUUGAGAGCACCGAUAGGCGACAUGCCCGAGGACGGGGGCGAGCUACCUCCUGGUGGUCCCGACUUCUCUACACCUCGGCCGGAGCGCGAGAAGAAUCCGCGCGAUAUCCUGAAUGAAGGCGAGCGAGGCUUUAUCGUGGACCUCAGGCUCAACCUGGAUGUGGAGGUUCAUAUCAAGGCGAAGCUUACGGGUGACCUGACAUUAUCAGUACUGUAA